GGGAGGAGCCAUAUUUCAAUGAAUUAAAUUGUAAAUACUCCUGAUUUUUGUUAAAUAUGGAUUUGAAGAAUCAAACUAUCCAGGGCUUCACUCUGCUGGGCCUUUCCGAGAAACCCCACUUUAGACUGCCUCUCUUCUCCUUUUUCAUGGUAGCUUACGUUCUCUGUGUUUUGGGCAACAGUGUUAUUUUCAUGCUCAUCUUAACCCAAUCUCAGCUCCGUACCCCAAUGUACAUCUUACUGGGGAACCUUUCUGUUGUUGAUAUUUGCAUGACCUCUAUCACCAUCCCUCGGGCUCUUUGUAGCCUCCUAACUCAAAAUAUGGCCAUCUCAUUUCAUGGUUGUUUUGUGCAGCUCUUCCUCUUCCAUGCAGUUGGUAAUAUGGACAGCUUUCUACUGGCCAUCAUGGCCUUGGAUCGGUAUGCUGCUGUUUGCCAACCCUUGCAUUACACAACCAUCAUGAGCAAUAGGACGUGCAUUGGUUUAGUGACUUCUUCGUGGGCUGUCGUUACUCUACAUUCCACCCUGUUCACAGUUAUGACAUCUACUCUUCCCUACUGCAAUUGGGUUAUCCAUCACUAUUUUUGUGAUGUUCCGGCCAUGUUGCUGCUGUCUUGCAAAGACACUUAUGCUCAGCAAAUGACUGUCUUCAUUGAAGGGUCUUUAAUUGUCAUGGGCCCCAUGUUGUUUAUAUUGGGCUCCUACAUUCUCAUCAUAAGAGAUAUUAUGAAGCUGCGGACCUCCAAAGGCAGAAGACGGACCUUCUCUACUUGUUCCUCUCACUUAACUGUGGUCAUCUUAUUCUACAGCUCCAUCAUAUUUAUGUACUUUCGCCCAAGUGCCCUCUACUCUGUAACCUAUGAUCAGGUCAUCAGCGUGGUCUACAGUGUCAUCACACCAAUGUUCAACCCAUUUAUAUACAGUCUAAGGAACAAGGAGGUCAAAGGAGCGAUGAAGAAGGUCACACAAUGCUGCAGUGAUGAAAGUCUAAAAUGGACUCAAGAAAAAAAUGUAGAAGACUAG